AUGGACGAAUGCAUUGAUAACCGCCUCAACCGCAAGUCGGGAUUCCGACACCCAGCCAUCCAAAGCCCAACAGAAACCCGCCUGCUAAAGAUAUCACAAGAUCCGGCAUCUCAGAGCUGGCAAUAUGACCUCAUUGCGAUAUCGCUCGAUAAUCUCUCCUCGACGCCCUACAGAGCGCUGUCCUAUACAUGGGGAGCGGCCACCUCGCCAGAACAUGUCCGGACAAUACGGGUCAGUGACCAGGAUUUCGUUGUACGACAGAAUCUAUUCGACUUCCUCUGCUCAGCGGCGGCUCGAAAAGAAGAGGGGCUUUUCUUCAUUGAUGCGAUCUGCAUCAAUCAGCUUGAUCUCGACGAAAGGCAAGCGCAAGUCCAGUCAAUGGCCCUCAUCUACAGACGCGCGACAGCUGUAAUCUCCUGGCUUGGACUAUUGCCACAGGUGCAUUACCAAGGCUGUCAGCUCCUGAGCCACGCAUCAGACAUCUCCUGCAGGAAGUGGUCGGAACAAGAAUGGAGAGCACUCAGGUAUCUCUGCUAUGCACCGUACUGGAGCCGCGUCUGGGUCGUGCAGGAGGUUCUGCUCUCUUCGAAACUGCAGAUAUGGUGCGGGCCGUUCAAAUUCUCCCCGACACUCCUGGGCAGAGCACCACUAUCCCGGGACACCGUCGAGACAAAGUUCAGCGCGGACGGCAGACCAAGCAUCCUGAGAAGCGAUGCAAGUCGAGCACGCUCUCCGUCAGAAGCUAUCCUCGGGCACAGAAUGAGACUCGUGUCCCGCAUGACCAAGGACACUACAAGAGAGGCAUCCGUUAUGGGGACGUUGGCAGAUAUAACCACGGUUCUUCGUCAGCCUUCGGCGACCUUUGAAACGUAUCAGUCUCGCGUUCCGGACCAGCUGCGUGACGUUAUCAGGAAAUACGGCCGCUUGCAAUGCACAGACAUACGAGAUCGCUUAUAUGGCUUCCUCGGUCUUCUUAAAGACUCGAGUCGUAAGAAGAUAAAGCCAGACUACAAGAAAGGUGUAGAGUACACAUUCUAUCAAGCACUGAAAUGCGGGUUAGGGGAAAUGUGCCCUGAAGAAGGCGUCGCUCCCCGGGGACUGGGCGAGGCCUGGAUGAACUUUUACUGCGAGGCGCGAGAUGCCUUUCGAAUCGAGGACGAAGUCAGCAUACAGAUAUUCCGCCGUGUGUACCGCGAGUUGAACUUUAAGGAGCGGAUGCAGGAUGCUCUCUUUCAGCAGCAGUGGGAUCUCAACUAUGGGUGGAAAGGACCGGAUGCCGUCCGCUUUGGCGCUUUUGCGCGCAUGAUUAUUGAGGACGAGCUCGAGGAGAAGAAUGCCCUGGAAGCUCAAGGCCCUCCGUUGCUCAAGUUCCAUGAUAAACAACGGCGGCUAUACGAGAAGCUUUGUACUGAUUCCAUUCCUCAGGUCGAUGAAGGUUCGAAGAAGACCAAAGGCUUCUUACAGCAUAUUGUUUCCUUGAUGAGGACGAGUCUCGACAGUCACUAUGGUAACAGAGAUGCAGUAGAGGAAAUGAGUGCUCAGCGAUACAAUUAG